AUGGUUUUCAUACCCUCUUCAUAUUUUUCUCAGAUUCAUUUUCUCUCUCUCUAUCUAUAUUUCUGUCGAUCUCCUCUGUUCAUAUCUAUCUAUCUAUCUAUCUAUCUAUCUAUCUAUCUAUCUAUCUAUCUAUCUAUCUCAGUCUGUUCAUAUGCAUCUAUCUCAGUCUGCUCAUAUCUAUCUAUCUAUCUAUCUCUUUUGUAUAUAUCUCUCUAUCUCAGUCUGUUGAUAUCUAUCUAUCUAUCUAUCUAUCUAUCUAUCUAUCUCUACACUGCUUCUUUCUUUCUUUCUUUCUUUCUUUCUUUCUUUCUUUCUAUGCUUGAAUCUCUUUACCUGUUUAACUCUCUACCUCUCAUAACUCACUUUGUACAUUAUUUCUUUCUUUCUCUCUUUUUUUUUUUCUUUCUUUCUUUCUUUCUUUCUUUCUAUCUAUCUAUCUAUCUAUACACAUUUUACUCGAAAUACAAUGUUUUCAACAACAUAAAUCAAUCAAAUAAAAAAUUUUUCACUGCUUCUAUCUAUCUAUCUAUCUAUCUAUCUAUAUGGUUGCGUGUGUGUAUCUAUUGGAUUAUCUAUCUAUCUAUUUAUCUAUCAAAUUUUAUUCAUAUGUAUCUAUCUAUUUAUCGAUACUAA